AUGAAGCAUAGUGUAGGGAAUGAGCCGAGUACCGGUAAACCUAGGAGGUUCAUCCCAAAGGUAGCACCAAGUGGCCCCCCUCGGACUAAAGAAGCAACUCCCCCUGAACGUCCACAGCCUUCGAAGCCUGUUGUAUCUGAGAGCCCAAGUCGUACUGGCAAGGCGCUGGAAACUUCACCUUUUCGCUGGAAAAUGGGUACAACCCCAAAGAGAAAGAGAAGUGACACACCCCCGGUAUCUCCUCAGGUGACCCCUAAACGUCGUAGCAUGCGCAUUCUACACGCAAGAUCUACUGGAACAAGCACCAGUAACGUUGAGGCCGCCGAAACCCCAACUGUGGUGACAGUUGACGAUGAUAGUGAUGAUGGCGACACCACUGAAUUCGAGGCUGAUGUUCUAGAGCAAGAGAACGUUGAUGACAUUGGCGACAUGCGUGAAGAUUUUGACAGGGACUACAAUGAUGAUUGUAAUGAGGAUGCAUUUGCUUAUUCCAGCGACUAUCCAGGAGGACAAUGUGGUUUAGAUGCUUUCCUUGGGUCCGCUGGUAGCAGUACGCGCCAUUUUAGCGCUGAGCUAGGCUCAAACCUUGCUGCAGCCAUUGCUGACCCUGCCUGGAGUCCCCCUGAGGCUGAGCAUGCCGCUUCGAACUUGGAAAUUGUGCCUGUAGUGCCUUCUCCCUUCAACACAUUCAAUACACUGGUUGAGGCAGCCCUUGCAGGAUCUUCUCCAACCAUGACACCAACGAAUUCUCAGGAUGAAACGCCUACGUUCCAAGUCACGAGUCCCUUACCACCUAUCUUCCGGCAUUUUCUCCAGAGGGACCUUGACCCUACUAUUUCGCCAACCCUUCCAGCAGCCCUCCGGAGCAACACUUUUGCCGUCCACGAGACCCUGCCCGUUCCAUCCCAUAUUCAACCACAUCUCCGGGCGUCAGGGCCUAGUCCCUUAGCACUUCUUCCAGCAGUUCAACCUGACAACGCGAGCGCUGCUGAAAACGCCCAGGCUAUCAUUACCGUUGCCGGGAAUGCUGCUGCAAAACAUCCUCCUAACAUAUCUUGGCUGGAGCGGGAGGAAUCAUUUACUGCAUUCAUGGCCUUCUUUGACAGUGGUGCUCAGGUCCUUCGAUCUGCAGAUGAACUCCUGCCGCUCUGUCAUCGGUUCAAUGGUUACGCACCCUUCUGGGGAAUUCUUUUUUAUCCCGAGACGAUCGCGGCUUUGGAGAAAUUUCUAGACAAGUACGGGGAUUUCAUGGACAUGACUAGUAUUACUUCUUCCUUCUCGCGAUGUGCUGCUUUCCGAACCCUCGGCUUGGUGCAGCUGCUGGACAUCACUGAUCACAGGCUCCUUUGCUGGCGGGAUGCAGUUUGUGAGGCUAUGACUCUGGGCUUUCGAGCAGAGUCUCUUCUGAACCUGGUGAAGGAUUUGGCACGUGCCGUAUUUGGGGCACGGGUUGUUCAUAACAUGAAGUCAAAUCCCGGCCCUAAUGAAAUAAGGGUAGCGGCAGAGGCUUUGGUCUUCAAGCAACAUGAGCUGGAAAAGCAGCAUAGGGAAUUGCGUGGCCUCCUUUCGGCCCAAGGUGUCUCCCCUGACAGUGCUGACUGCAUGACGGAAGCAGUGACAUGA